AUGAGUGCUUCUAGUCCUAGUCAAGCUAAAGAACAAGAUGAUGAUACCAAACCUUUAUGGACCUAUGUUACAAAGAUAAAAAGUGUAGCUGGUGGUGGAAAUUAUGAGAUAAAAUGCAAUAUUUGUGAUUUUACCUUUAAUGGGUCUUACACUAGAGUGAGGGCACACUUGUUGAAGAUGACAGGAAAAGGAGUUAGAGUUUGUCAAAAGGUAACAGUUGCCAAACUUAUAGAUUUGAAGAAGAUAGACAAUGAGGCUACAUUGAGGGUGGAGAGGUCAAAAACAAAAUCUGUGUCAUUGCCUCCGGUUUCUACUCAACACCAAAUGGAUACAAACACUCUUGGUGUUGAUCCAAAAAAGAGAAAGACAUCAUCUGUAGAAAAUGCCUUUAAUUUGCAAGCUAGAGAGACACUUGAUCAUGAAAUUGCGAGGAUGUUUUACUCUUCGGGAUUGCCUUUUCAUUUAGCAAGAAAUCCUCAUUAUAGGAAGGCAUUUGCCUAUGCUGCCAACAAUCAGAUCAGUGGUUACCAACCUCCAGGUUAUAAUAAAUUAAGGACAACAUUACUUCAAAACGAGAGAAGACAUGUGGAGAAUUUGUUACAACCAAUUAAAAAUGCAUGGAGCCAGAAGGGUGUGAGCAUUGUUAGUGAUGGAUGGAGUGACCCGCAAAGAAGAUCUCUUAUUAAUUUCAUGGUUGUCACAGAGAGUGGACCUAUGUUUUUAAAGGCCAUUGAUUGUUCAAAUGAGAUCAAAGACAAGGAUUUCAUUGCCAAACAUAUGAGGGAGGUAAUUAUGGAGGUUGGACACUCAAAUGUUGUGCAAAUUGUGACGGAUAAUGCAGCCGUUUGUAAAGCAGCAGGUUUAAUAAUUGAGGCUGAGUUUCCUUCCAUUUAUUGGACUCCAUGUGUUGUCCAUACAUUAAAUCUUGCUUUGAAGAACAUAUGUGCAGCCAAGAAUACAGAAAAAAAUAAUGUUGCUUAUGAAGAAUGUUCUUGGAUCACCCAAAUUGCGGAUGAUGCAAUGUUUGUGAAAAACUUUGUCAUGAGUCACUCUAUGAGACUAUCAAUUUUCAAUUCAUUCAAUUCAUUGAAAUUGUUAUCCAUUGCUCCAACAAGAUUUGCCUCCACUAUUGUAAUGCUCAAGAGAUUCAAGCAAUUGAAGAAAGGACUCCAAGAGAUGGUCAUUAGUGACCAAUGGUCUUCUUAUAAGGAAGAUGAUGUUGCAAAGGCUAAAUUUGUGAAAGAUACUUUGUUAGAUGAUAAAUGGUGGGAUAAGGUUGAUUAUAUUCUUUCUUUCACUAGCCCUAUUUAUGAUGUUCUUAGAAGAACGGAUACAGAAGCUUCAUCUCUCCAUCUAGUAUAUGAGAUGUGGGAUUCAAUGAUUGAAAAGGUGAAGAAUGCCAUAUAUCAAUAUGAGAGAAAGGAGGAGAGUGAAGGAUCAACCUUUUAUGAGGUAGUGCAAUCCAUAUUAAUUGACCGUUGGACUAAGAGUAGCACUCCUCUCCAUUGUUUAGCUCAUUCUUUAAAUCCUAGGUAA